ACUGCCCUUUCGCUUUCGAUAUGCAAGUAGAAGGCAAUCAAGAAAACAGAGAGAUGCACGACCAGAAAAUUGCUACUGCCCUACUGGGUGUGGUGUCUGAACAGUAGUGACAGUAUAAUUUAGACCCAUUAAAGCCGAAUGAUUUGAAUGUUUUAACCAUUCAAGUUGAUGUUUCUCUCAGUUUCUUUUUGUCAUUUAAAUUAUUUUGUAGUUAACAAGUGCUUGACGGUUGAUGGGUUUUCACGGCACAUUAUGUAGUUUGUUGCUGCCAAGUUAACGUUUUUAUAGCUUUUCUUUGUCUGGUUUCUUGGAAACUAGUGUAAAAUAGGGAAAGGUUUGGAGUCUUUUUCCCCUCGGAUUUUAAAGAAAUCCGUGAGAAAAUUUUCUGUUGAGUUAAUAACUCAUUUUCUCGGGAAUCAAUCAGGGCUAGAAGAGUUUGUGUGUUUGCUGAGGAACUGAAGAAGAAAAUGAAAGCAGCUGUAGCAUAAUGCUCCAGAUUUGAUCCCAAAUGAAAAGCCAGUGAGGCCAACAACCUCUCCCACAACUUAUAUUUGUAAGUGAUUUCUCAGUUAGGUACAUUCAUGGCUUUCAAUCAAUUUAUACAUGUGUAGUAUGUUAGUUAGUUAGUUAGUUAGUUAGUUAGUGAACAAGUGUCAGGAUACUAGAAGUUGCAGUCUUGACUUAAGCUUUAUCUAGCUACAGUUGCACAAAGAACUGCUUCCAAAAUGCUUCCCUUUGUCCAACUAAGGAGAAGUCAACGCUUGAAGGAUAUCCAACCAGAUAAAAAUAGUUCAAAUUUGGAGAAGAAUAAGCCCUCCAGAAAACCUAGAGGACCAAGAAAAUUGAUUUCAAAAGAGCAAGCCUUGCCGUUGCAUGGGCCACAUCAGGACAACCAACCUACUGAGGCAAUUUGUGCUUGUUCCUUAUUAAAUCAGGAGAAAGAUAUGGCCUUUUGCACAAAAUGUGGAAGGCAGAGGAAAUUUAUUAGCUCAAAGAAUGAGAGAAAUUGCAAGAAAAUGAAACACAAGCAUGCUAAUUUUAACAACCUAGUGGGAGGUACAGGUGAACCAUCAAACAUCAUAAAUCAAGAUUUUAAUGUUAUUGCAACACCAUUUAAGGAUCCUACCUCGAUAGGCAGCAUCUGUGUCAAUUGUAAAAAUAUUGGUACAGUGAAUAGACUUGCAGCUCAUAUUUCAAGUAAAGCUGGUGCUAAAAUGUUUGAGGUGGCACAACAGCUACAACAAUUGCUUCAAUUAGAAAUGGUUUCUAGGCUAGAUGUAUGGCCUGUCAGUUUUGAUACCUUUCCUCCAACUGAUAAUGUUAUUGACCUUUACAUUCUUCCAGUGGACAGAAGAAGUGAUGGAGUUUUUGAUAGGUUGCUGAAUUAUAUGACCGGGAAAGACAUUGUUCUUAAAGCUGUAAUUGGUGAUGUCUCUGUCUUGGUUUUUACAUCCCUUCAGCUUACAUAUAAAUACUGGAGAACAACUUCUGGGAGGUAUUAUUUAUGGGCUGUGUUUCUUGGAAAGAAUGCUUUCUUUCAUUCUUUCCAAAUCAACUGGAUGAACAUAAAUCCAUCUACAACUGUGGUUGUUCCAUUGCCUUGAAUCUUGUAAAUGAAGUGCAUCCUAUUACUGAGUGUGAGAGAAACGUAUGCACCAACUCGGAUACCAGACAAGAGGAGGACGAAAAUUUAGAUAUGAGUCGGGAGUUUGUUCUCGCGAAUGAUGGCGGCAAUUUUUAGUCAGAAUCUACCUCCACCUUGGCUGGAAUAGAAUUUUUAGAGCAGCAAGCUAGAAGAGCAGUCAAUGAAAGCGUUGCUGAAGAAGGAAUUUGCGGAAUUAUUGCUGAUUCCAUCAGGCAAAAAAUUGGUGCAAUAGAAAGAACUUCUUCGGAUAAAUAUCCUGAAGGCGCAAGCAAGGAAGUAAUCAGUGAAGAGACUUCUAGUGGUGUAAUUGAUGCAUGUGUUGCUCUUACUGCAAUUCAUAUUGGCUCUGCAGAGAGCAGAUAUAGGGCUGAUCAAUCUUCUGCUGAAGGCAUUUUUGCCUCUCGUUGUCCAGACAGGGAAGAUGCUUUGGAUGAACUUAGCAGGGAUAAGUCUGAUGUCCUUGAGGCACCUUCCAUUAUUUAUUUACAAGAAUUUGUUCCAAACACUGCACUUCAAUCAUGUACUAAGGAACAAGGUGCAUACAGCCCAGACAGAUUGAGCAUUAAUAGUGUUGGCACAUCAGUUAUUGACAUGGCAAGUACUUUUGAUGAUCUAACCGGCACAGAUGAAAUCAGAUCAGCAGAUAACUGUUACGAACAGGUGGGUCCUUAUUCUAUAAAUCCAAGGUUUGCACCAGUUCUUCGUGCCAUAAUGGACAAGCAUGGCGACAUUGCACAAGAAUAUCCUAUCAAAUGCAGCAAAAUGCUUACUUUUGCACUGGAGAGGGUUUGUGAAGCUGUUCAGGAUUUGAAUACUGUGCGAUUCAUCAAUCUUCGAAGAAGUCAUCUUCAGUCCUUGCAUUCUGCUAUUACUGAUGCUGAGCUUGUUAGAUGUAAAAUGGCUUCGCAACAGAUAUGAAGAACUUGUGGAAGCAGUUGAUAAAAUUAAGGACUACAAGAACCUGAAAGUUAACAGAAGAAAAGACGAAAAAACUUGCUGCACUUAAGAAAAAGGCUUUCUUAUUGAAGAAAACUGAGAUAUUGAAGCUGCAAUCUGAGAUUGUAACACUAGAAAGUGAAGUUGCUGAAGUGGAAGCAAAGAGUGAAAGCAUUACUGGUGCUAUUAAAGAUGUUACUGUCAAAUGUAAGCAUUUCCGUCACAACUCACUAAUGGAUGGUUUACUUCAGAACUCUUUUGCAUAAAUUUUUAUGCUUUUCUAAGACUCUGAAUCCUAGCUGAAAGUGAGCUUGGAGCAUAAUUAAUUACAUAAGUUAUUGUAGCAAUCCCUUCAUUUCCGUCA